CAAUCGCCCUGAAGGUCAAUUUAUCUGGAAUGAUGUCUGUUACAAGACAUGUAAGAGGUGCAAAGAGAACCAUAGCCAAAAGAAUAAAGAUAAUCAAAAUGAGAAAAUGCCAACUAUAAUUGAUCAUGAACUAAGCCAACAUAAAAAUAUAGUAUUUUCUUCUGAUCUUUCGGAUAAGUCUCUCAAUGCGUAUACAUUAUUGCAAGGUGCAGAGAAAGUACCCGAUGAAUUCAAGGAAGAAGAGUAUGGCAUAAAAAAUGAUGUUCAUAAUAUAGUUGAAGAACAUUCGGAGGUAGAACAUAUCAGUAAUAUCACACACACUGAGAUCGACUAUCUUGACUUGGGAAACUUCAUUGAACAUGAAAUCCAAGAACUAACGGCUGGCGCUCACAUUGAUGAAGUAGCAAAUAUAAUUUAUCAGACUCACUUGCUGGUGUGUUUAGAUGUCACUAUGGUUCAAA